AUGGGUUUCAAGCUGCCUGCUAUAGUUAGCCCCAAGAAAAGUCUCACCCGAUCUUCGUCUAACGCAAACAAGACAGCUUCAAAGAUCUUAGAUAUCCCGAAAGGCUAUUUUGCAGUCUAUGUUGGAAAAAGCCAGAAGAAGCGAUUCGUGAUCCCAAUAUCAUACUUGAACCAACCUUCAUUCAUGGAUUUGCUGAGUCAAGCUGAAGAUGAAUUUGGAUACGAUCAUUUCAUGGGUGGUAUCACAAUCCCAUGCAGUGAAAACACCUUCCUAGAUCUCACUUCAAGCUUAAGUGCGUGA